GAGAGAUGAAAAGCAUUCUCUCAGCAAAGAUGUUGACGGUGUUGGCUCUAGUUCUGCUGGUGUUCAGUGCAAGUGAGGGACGGAUUCUGAGUAAAUGUGAGCUGAAGGCCAAGCUGGAGGCUGCUCGGUUUCAGGAGAUUAAGGUCACAGGAGAAAAAUUGGACGUGAAAGAUCUUGUUGCUAGAUUUGUCUGCAAGGCCAGUGCCUCAGCCUUCAACACCAACUUUAUUAAAACCAUCACUGAGGACAAGCCAGAUGACACCCUACCUCAGUCUACCUUAAAGCCUACAUCAAGCUUCACUUCAACCACCACUUCAAGGGCCACCUUCAGCUCCACCUUAAGUACCUCAAAGCCUAUAUUAAGUCCCACCACUGGCUCUACCACAAGACCCACCACAGGCUCCACCACAAGUCCCACUGCAGGCUCCACUUCAAGACCCACCACAAGUCCCACCACAGUCUCCACCACAAGACCCACCACUGGCUCCACCACAAGCCCCACCAUAGGCUCAACCUCUAGCUCCACCACAGGCUCCACUACAGGCUCAACCACAAGUCUCACCACAGGCUCCACCACAAGACCCACCACUGGCUCCAACACAAGCCCCACCACAGGCUCAACCUCUAGCUCCACCACAGGCUCAACCACAAGUCCCACCGCAGACUCCACCACAGGCUCAACCACAAGCCUCGCCAUAGGCUCAACCUCAAGCCCCACAACAGGUUCAACCUCAAGCUCCACCACAGUCUCAACCUCAAGCCCCACCACAGGCUCCACCACAGGCUCAACCUUAAGACCCACCACAGGCUUCACUACAGGCUCAACCUCAAGCUCCACCACAGGCUCAACUUCAAGCCCCACCACAGGCUCCACCUCAAGCCCCACCACAGGGUCCACUACAGGCUCAACCACAAGUCCCAACGCAGGCUCCACCACAAGACCCACUACUGGCUCCACCACAAGCCCCACCACAGGCUCAACCUCUAGCUCCACCACAGGCUCCACUACAGGCUCAACCACAAGUCCCAACGCAGGCUCCACCACAAGACCCACCACUGGCUCCAACACAAGCCCCACCACAGGCUCAACCUCUAGCUCCACCACAGGCUCAACCACAAGUCCCACCGCAGACUCCACCACAGGCUCAACCACAAGCCCCGCCAUAGGCUCAACCUCAAGCCCCACAACAGGUUCAACCUCAAGCCCCACAACAGGUUCAACCUCAAGCUCCACCACAGUCUCAACCUCAAGCCCCACCACAGGCUCCACCACAGGCUCAACCUUAAGACCCACCACAGGCUUCACUACAGGCUCAACCUCAAGCUCCACCACAGGCUCAACUUCAAGCCCCACCACAGGCUCCACCUCAAGCCCCACCACAGGGUCCACUACAGGCUCAACCACAAGUCCCAACGCAGGCUCCACCACAAGACCCACUACUGGCUCCACCACAAGCCCCACCACAGGCUCAACCUCUAGCUCCACCACAGGCUCCACUACAGGCUCAACCACAAGUCCCAACGCAGGCUCCACCACAAGACCUACUACUGGCUCCACCACAAGCCCCACCACAGGCUCAACCACAAGUCCCACCACAGGCUCCACCACAAGACCCACCACUGGCUCCACCACAAGCCCUACCACAGGCUCAACCUCUAGCUCCACCACAGGCUCAACCACAAGCCCCGCCAUAGGCUCAACCUCAAGCCCCACAACAGGUUCAACCUCAAGCUCCACCACAGUCUCAACCUCAAGCCCCACCACAGGCUCCAACACAGGCUCAACCUUAAGACCCACCACAGGCUUCACUACAGGCUCAACCUCAAGCUCCACCACAGGCUCAACCUCAAGCCCCGCCCCAGGCUCAACCUCAAGCCCCACCACAGGCUCCACUACUGGCUCAACCUCAAGCUCCACCACAGGCUCCACUACAGGCUUCACUACAGGCUUUACUACAGGCUCAACCUCAAGCCCCACCACAGGCUCCACUACAGGCUCAACCUCAAGCUCCACUACAGGCUUCACUACAGGCUCAACCUCAAGCCCCACCACAGGCUCUACUACAGGCUCAACCUCAAGCUCCACCACAAGCCCCACCACAGGCUCCAUUACAGGCUCAACCUCAAACCCCACCAUAGGCUCUACUACAAGCCCCACCACAAGCUCCAUCACAGGCUCAACCUCAAGCCCCACCACAGGUUCAACCUCAAGCCCCACCACAGGCUCAACCUCAAGCCCCACCACAGGUUCAACCUCAAGCUCCACUAUAGGCUCAACCUCAGGCCCCACUACAGGCUCAACCUCAAGCCCCACCACAGGCUCAACCUCAAGCUCCACUACAGGCUCAACUACAAGCCCCACCACAGGUUCAACCUCAAGCCCCACCACAGGUUCAACCUCAAGCUCCACUAUAGGCUCAACCUCAGGCCCCACCACAGGUUCAACCUCAAGCUCCACUACAGGCUCAACCACAAGCCCCACCACAGGCUCAACCUCAAGCUUCACUACAGGCUCAAUGUCAAGCUCCACCACAGGUUUCACUACAGGCUCAACCUCAAGACCCACCACAGGCUCAACCACAAGCCCCACCACAGGCUCAACGGCAAGCUCCACCACAGUCUCAACCUCAAGCUCCACUACAGUCUCAACCUCAAGCCACACCACAGGCUCAACCUCAAGCUCCAACACAACUCUAACCACAAAAUCCAUCCCAAGGCCCGUCACAGUCUCCCCUUCAAGGCCCACCCCAAGGAAUCCCUCAAACCCCCAAAGAGGUCGUCGUUACAUUCCUUUUUUUCCCAAACCGAAUGGUCCCAUGUUUGAGGAGAAGGAGCCAAAGAGGCCCACUGUCUGGCGCCUGUAUGGAGUGUUUCAGCUCAGUGAUCAGUGGGCCUGUGAUUCCGGCAUGGUGCCUUCACUCAAUAUUUGCAACAUGAAAUGCUCUGCUUUAAUAGAUGAUGACAUCACAAAUGACAUUGCCUGCCUGAAGACCCUGAUGAACAGUAUGCCACCUAAACCUAAAUUCAACCCCUCUGAUAUGAAGAAGAUCUUGGAGACGUUGUUGGUGAAUGAGUGCCGCUCUGUUGUUCCCUCAAAGUAUUUUGCUGAGUGUUUUUAGAGGAAUAUCCAUUACCUUUGAUUUAAGGAUAAUUGAUGUCAAAGGGGUGACGAUGAUGGCAUGACCUGUGUGAGUUUAAAUGUCUAAAGAUUCUUUAAAAAAUGUCUUUAAACACUCUGAAUGUUUGUGCAUUAAGACACUUUAUUUUAUUGCUGUAGUGUUUUUUAAAUAUGGCAGUUACAUUUUUAUCUAAACUUUUAAUGAAACUGUCUCUUUUCAUUUCAUACUUUCACUUUAUUAUUAAACAAUAUUAAAAAUUGAAAUACUCAAAAUGUACUUUCUUUCUGCACUUGUGCUGUUGAUUCCUCCCACAAAUAAAUACUGAUGAGGGAUGAGACAGGUUGAUUGCGUUGGAUUUUGAAAACACACACAUUCACAGUAACAUUUCCAGUUUAAAUAGAUAUAUACUGCAGUAGGGCCAUACAUUUUUAUAACUUUCAGUAUUUUCCUUAGGUCGAUCUGUUAGAAGAACUGACAAUUGUUACUUGAUAAAAUUCGUAGGCUACUGUUAAAAAC